AUGAUGAUUAGGUGUGCCUUUUGGGAUCUUAUGUCUAAAGGUGAUCUUGAUACAGAUGCUAAUGGCAAUGCUGGAAGAGCAUCUGCAAUUCUCAUCAUGGUUUUCAACUUCCACUUAUCCGUCAUAAAGAAAUAUUCUUUCGGUGAUGUUUCUGAUAAAAAUGUGGCCUUUCUCUAUUGUCUUAUUGACGAAAUUAGCAAAUUCGACUAUCCUUCUGUCCGACGGACACUUCUCGACUUUUGCAGCAAAUUUCCUCGACUUGGCCAGAAUCUACGUAUCUUCAUGCGAAGGCAUUUUAAAGAAGACACUGAUUUAUCUCGUAAAAAUUUUAUCAUGCGGCUUAUAUUGGAGAUGCGAGAAUGUGAACAAUUUUGA